UCUCGAGUCUCUGCUCGUUCCCACGUCCUCUGACAGCUUCUGGAGGACCGCAGUUUCAGGAUGAGCCCUGUAGAAGUGACUGAGGAGGAGAAGUUUCUCUCUGUGCAUGUGGUGGAGAGCCGACCCGGGCUGGGCCAGUGGCAGUGGCGUGUGGGGGGGGCGCAGACCCUGCUGUUCCUGAUGGUGAGCGUGGCGUUGUGUGGCAUGGUCAUAGAAGCCUGCUUCAUCUACCGUCUCUACCGAGCUGAAUCUGCCACCACAGCGUCGUCCUCUAAGCUCUUUGCAGGUCAGGAAGUUGCAUCUUUCACUGAAAAGCUUGGUCAUGAUGUUCCUCCUUCCAAACCAGUUGCACAUCUGACAGAUGGAACAGAUGUAGUUCAUGGACAGCAGAUCAUGGCGUGGAGCAUGAUCACAGACCCUCUCCUCUAUGGAAUGAGCUACAAAGACAGACGUCUUAUCAUUCAGAAGGAGGGUUAUUAUUAUGUCUAUUCAAAGGUUUUCUUCUUAGACAAAGGUGUAUUUCACCAUUCUGUCAGUAUGGAGACUCAAAAGUAUACUGGGGGAAGUCUGACCCUCCUGCAGUCCAGGAAAUACUCCCCAGAGACACAUCAGUCUCGAUCCAACAGUUACCUGGGUGGAGUGUUUCGCCUGAACAAAGAUGAUGCUCUUUAUGUGACAGUCAGCAACACCACAAAAAUUGAGCAACACGGAUGGUCUGAGAACAUCUUUGGUGCAUUUAUGAUAUAAAUACCACACUGACCAUCAUCACCAUGAACCUUGCCUCAGUGAAACUUCCCUGAAUAAAUAAAGGAAAAGAAAAAAACGAAAGUACAAAAUCUGAAGGUUUAGAGGAAGAAUAAAUAAAAUUGGGGAAGAAAGAUUAUUGAAAAUUUAAAUUCUUUACGUUUUUUAUGCUUACUUGUAUACUGAAUUACACUAUACUGAACAGCUUUAAUUCUGCUGUAUUGAUGUACGGUUAUGUAUACAAAAUAAUGAAAUAAACAGAAAGUCUGUAGGUUUUCUCAAGGCUGUAAUAAUAAUAAUAAUAAUGAUAUUUUGUGUGCUGAUUUGAUGUUUUAAUUAUUGCAUUUCGUUACUUUUUAGACUUUGUCUCUUUGUUGCUUUUAUGCUGAUGUUAAACACCUUCAAGUGUCACUGUGUAUUAAAGGUGCUUUACAAAUAAAAAUGAA